GUGCUCUUUUUGUUGUUGUGUGAUACGCACGCGUUCUGCUCGAAUUUUCAGCAAAAAUAAGAAAUAUGUAAAUGCGGCAUUUUAGUGACAAAAUAAAAUUAUUUAAAUCUGCUGUUUUUAAAUUAACAAAGUUUAAAUGAACAAAAAACAAACAAACAACAUGUGUUAUGAAUAUUGGUGUGGCGAUUUUUUAGAGUUGCGCUUGCAAAUUGAAUUGCGCUAAAUUAAACGAAUAACUGUAUAUAGCUUGACUGCACUCAUAAAACUAACGCUUCCAUUUUUUCAUUUCCAAAUGGGCCUUUGGUGGGUUAGUCAAGCAAUGAUUGAUAACGCAUAAAAUAUAUAAAUUCUAUCCACAAUUGCUAAGCAUUAUUUGUUGAGCUCAACACACAAACCGAAACGGAAACGGAAGUGUGAACGUGCAGAGGAAGUAAAAAGUUGCCAACAGGAAUUGAAAGAAAAAAAGAUAACAUAGUUCAACACAACGGGUCGUAUGAUUAAUGAAACCUAAAGGAGAGUUUUAAAACUUAAAAAAAAAAAAAGGAAAGAAAAAGUGUGACAAGCAAAACAAGAAAAGCAAUUACAAUAAUAUGUUCAAAUACGCCGUAUUCAAAGAUGUCUGCAUUAAGGCCGGACACUGUGCCAUCAUCUCAGAUCCCGGCAAGGUUGCGGGCUGAGCCAAUAAAAGUGUGAAAUUCUCGAGAAAUAUGUGGGAGACUUUUUCAAGAAUUUAUGCAAAACUCACGUGAAAUCUAUACUACUACAUGUUAAAGAAAUUCCAAAGAAUUUUUAAAAAUGGCGCCACAGUGAAAGAAAAAAAUAAAUAAAGUGCAUAUCAAUACUAAAAUGUCCCUGUUCGGACGUCAUGAAAUGUUUAAGAAAAAGUGUUGAAAGUGUGUAGAAAAAAACGAGGCAAAUGACAGUGAAUUCAAAAGUACCCUAACAAACUUCGACAGUGUAUAUAUAGUGUAUUUUUUCUUAUGAAUGCCUAAGACUGGGCAAAAAAAGUUGUACUUACGCAAAAGUCACAGAGUAAUGGAUAAAUCGAGUAGCGUCAGUCCAAGUGAGUGUCGCGUAACCAGAUCAAGCAUGACGCCAACGCUGCGGCUGCAGCAGAGCCCCAGGCGUCAACAGCAACAGCAGCAGCAGCAGCAACAGCAGCAAGCACAGCAGCAGGAGCAGCAGCAGGAACAACAGUUAAACGAUGAACAGCAACAAAUUAAAGCCAAGUCACCGCAGCAGCCGCUGUCGACGUCAACGUUGACGCCGACGCCGGCGCAUCAUCAGUUUCGUGCGCCCGCACAACAGCAGCAGCCAACCAAGCACAAGAGCAGCAGCAGCGGCGGCAGCAGCAGCAACAACAACAACAACAACAACAACAACAACAACAAUAACAACAACAACAACGGCAGCGGCAGCAAAGCCUGGAGUAAACGGCAGCACAAGACGAGCGGUAAAUACAACGCCAGCGCCUGCGUCGGCGCCAGCGCGCAGCAGCAGCAUCAUAAUCAUCAUCAUCACCAUCAUCAGUAUCCCCCACAUCAUCAUGCCAAUGGCAGCGGCGUCGCUGCUCAAGCAGCUGCCGGCGCCGGCGUCGGUUCGCUGCCAACUGCCGCCGCAUCGGCAACUGCGGCCGCAGCUGCCGCCCACAAGGCGGAUCUGGAGAACAUACAGAAUAUCAAAAAUCAAAUAGCUAGCGGACCCGCCCAUAGCGGCGCCCAUCAUGGCGGCGGCGGCGGCGGCAGCGUCGGCACACAUCACAGCGUAGCCGGUAGCGCUGCUGGCAUUGGCAGCGCUGCCGGCAACGGUGGUCAUCAUCAUCACAAUCACAACACGCGGCUCGCACAGACGGCGGCAGCGAUAGUGGGCAAUGGUCUGCCCAUGGCCGCAAUGGACGCCAAGUUGGGGCACGGGCACGGACUGAAGGGCCAGCAGCAGCAGUACAAGAAGAUGCUGACACACAGAGGUCAUCAUCAUCACGUGCUGUGCGCCGGCAACAAUGCGAAUCACACGUGCUGCCUUGUCACUGGCUGCAAUGGAAGCGUCGGCGCCGCCGGCAAGGAUACGCAAAGCAAUAAGGACACCAGCUCGCUGAGCGGCAACAGCAGCAUCAUAUCGGGCAGCGCUGCAGCUGCGGCGGCGGCGGCUGCCAAUGCCGUGCACUAUUGCUGCGGACGCUCCAAGUUCUUUUUGUCUGAGAAACGUUUGCGCAAGGAGGUGAUUGUGCCGCCAACGAAAUUUUUGCUCGGCGGCAACAUCUCGGAUCCGCUCAAUCUCAAUUCGCUGCAGCACGAGAACACGUCGAAUGCUUCGUCGAGCAAUAAUACGCCAGCGACGACGCCGCGUCAGUCGCCGAUAACGACGCCGCCGAAAGUGGAGGUGAUUAUACCGCCGAAUAUACACGAUCCGCUGCAUCUGCUCGAUCCGGUCGAUUCGAUGGAAUAUGAGAAGCAGCUGACGUCACCCAUGAAGCGGGGCGGCAUGUUGACGCGUGGCAGCCACUUGAAGCUGCAGCAGCAGCAGCAGCCGCAUCAUCGGCAGCACAGGGCGCGCAAAAAUCGCAAACGGCGGCGUUUCGAUUCCAACAACACAUCGUAUGCAAGCGACGACGUUGCAGUCGCUGAGGGCGUUGCGGAGGCGUCGACGCUUUCGAUUUCACUGGAAGAUGCGCCAGCCGCAGCAGCAGCUGCAGACGCUACUGUUGUAGUCGGAGCCGUCGGCGGCGCAGCAGCAACAACAAUAGCAAUAGCAGCGGCAGCUAGUGAAGCUGCAUUGAUAACAACAACAGCGGCGACGUCGCCUGUAGCUGCACUGAGCGCCACAACGCUGCUGAGCGAGGCGGCAGCGUCGGCUUCAGUUGAAACAACGGAAUUGGCACAACAGCAGGCGCAUGUGCGCUCUCGCUCGCCGCAGGCAGCGGCCACCGCCGUGGAGGAGACAACAACGCCAGCGUUAGCAGCCGGCGCACAAACGCUCUCCCCACUGGAACAAAUGGAAUGUAACGUGGUGCGGCCGGCAGCGGCGUUAACGUCAUCACCAUUACAGUCACAACAACAGCAGCAGCAGCAGCAGCAGCAGCAACAGCAGCAACAUGUGGCCGUAAUUGCCGAGCCGCUGAGCAGCGACAACAGCAACACGCUAACAGUGCCUGGCGACGGCAGCAGCAGCAGCAGCUCAGUCGAUUUGGGCCUAGGCGCGGUAACAGCCGCUUCGACGUCAGCAGCGGCGCUGGCUGUGGCGUCUACGCUGGCCGAUCGUCGUGCGCUGGCCAGUCGUGAUUUGCGCUUGGAUUUGGACAGCACGUGCUACGGUGUAGGCGGCACGGGUCUGAGCUUUGGCGCUGGCAGCGCAGCCAGCUUUGGCAGCGGCAGCAGGAAACGUAAAAUAAGCGAGAGCAACAAUUCGCAAAAGAGCAAGAAAUUCCAUCGUCACGAUGCCAUGGAUAAAAUUGUUAGCCCGGUGGUGCCACAGCCGGGCGCCUGGAAGCGGCCGCCGCGUCUGCUGCAGCCAAGUGGGGCACGCAAGCCCAACACGCGACGUUCAACGUCAUUUAGCGAAACGGAGCAGCUGAGUCCCGUCGAGGAGCUGCCGCCCAAGCCGCUUAUCGAGGUGGUGGAGAUACCGCGUGAUGACACGCCUGAUCUAUCGGAGCACGGCCUGGGCAGUCCGCUGAGCACCAUUUCCGCGGCCACUUCGCACACGGCCGGCGAGCCGGAUGCACUUGCCGCGGAUGAGCCGGCAGCAGCAGCAACAGCAACAACAGCAGCAGCAGCAGCAGCAGCAGCGGCAGCGGCACAGCCAGUCGUGGGCCUGAUGCUGGAACCAGCUUUGAUUCCGCCACUGCACAAGACGCCCAAGUUUCGGGCGGAUGGGCUCAAAUAUCGCUAUGGCAACUUCGAUCGUUAUGUGGAUUUUCGGCAGCUCAACGAAUUUCGGGAUGUGCGUCUGCAGGUGUUCGAGCGGCACGUUGAGCUCUUCCAGAACAAGGACAUACUCGACAUUGGCUGCAAUGUGGGUCACAUGACCAUCACCGUGGCGCGCCACUUGGCACCCAAAAGCAUACUGGGCAUUGACAUUGAUCGCGAGCUAAUUGCACGAGCGCGACGAAAUCUUUCCAUAUUCGUGCGCAUACCCAAGGAGGAGCUACUGGCGCCGGAGAUUAAACAGGAAGCGGGCGUGCAAGCACAGGCACAAUCCGUGCCGGAAAAACUGGAGCCGAGCGAUGCCAAUGCGCACAAGAAGACGCGACGCGGCAAGAAGCGACGCAAGGCCCAUAAUCAUCAUCAUCAUCAUCACCAUCAUCAUCAUCAUCAGCAUCAGCAUAAUCAUUUGGAUUUGCAGCAGCAACAGAAACUGGAUGCACUGCUGGUCAAGCCGCACGAAUUCUUUCCCAUCUCUUUUCCGCUCACCUAUGGCGGUAUACCCCACCUGCCGGCCACAGGCAAAUCGCCGGCAACGUUCGCUGCCGGCUGUAAAAAUCAAUUUCCGCAAAACGUAUUCUUUCGCCAAACGAACUAUGUGCUUAAGGAUGAGUCCCUCAUGUCCAAUGACACACAGCAAUACGAUCUCAUAUUGUGUCUCUCGGUCACCAAGUGGAUGCAUCUCAAUUUCGGUGACGCCGGCCUCAAGUUGGCCUUUAAGCGCAUCUUCAAUCAGCUGCGACCCGGCGGCAAGCUCAUACUCGAGGCACAGAACUGGGCUAGCUACAAAAAGAAGAAGAACCUGACGCCGGAAAUCUACAAUAAUUAUAAACAAAUCGAAUUCUUUCCCAACAAAUUUCACGAGUAUCUGCUCAGCUCAGAGGUCGGAUUCAGUCACAGCUAUACACUGGGCGUGCCACGUCAUAUGAACAAGGGAUUCUGUCGACCCAUACAGUUGUACGCCAAAGGCGACUAUACGCCGAAUCAUGUGCGCUGGAGCGAUGCGUAUUAUCCGCAGACACCGUACGAGGCAUAUCGCGGCAUCUACGCCACAUUGCCCGCCCAUCGAACGGGUGGCGGCAGCAGCAGUGCAGGCGGCAGCCACGGCGGCCACGCCCAACUGCAUCUAUUGAGCAGCUCGACGCGUUCACAGAACUACGAUACGCCGCAUUAUGCGGGCAGCGCCUCCGGCUCGGCCAGCUGCCGCCAGACCCCAAUGUAUCAGCAUACGUACAAUCCGCUAGAGACGGACUCCUACCAGCCCAGCUACGACAUGGAGUAUCUCAAUCAUAUGUACGUGUUCGCCUCGCCGCUGUAUCAGACCGUUUGGUCGCCGCCGGCAUCGCUGCGUAAGAGCUCCUCGCAUACGCCCGUCUUUGGAAGCGUGCGGGAUGCCGAACUGGAUGGCGAUGGGAGCAUCGGUGGCGGCGGCAGCGGCGGUGGCAGCUAUCAUCGGCACGUGUAUCCGCCGAAUGAUGACACCUGUUCACCGAAUGCGAAUGCAUGCAACGCCUUCAAUUCCAUACGCGACGCAGAUACGGAGGACUCGAAUCAGUUGCCCGGCGGCAGCAGGCGGCAUGUGUAUGCCACAAAUUGUGGCGAGAGCAGCUCAUCGCCGCAGGUGAAUCAUCACGAGGCGAGCGCCGAAUUUGUCGACGCACUCAUGGACGAUGAGCAGAAGACGUUGGCUGCUGGCAGCGGCGCCGCUUACUGUGAUCUCUCGGAUGCCUAGAGUGGACGGACGGACGGACGGACGGACGGUGGGCAAAAUUGAAACCAAUUGUGUCAAAAUGCAAAAAUUCAAACAAAUUAUAUUAACAAAAAUUUAUAAACUAAAACAGAAAAUAUUCAAAAAUGAAAACAACAAAUAAGUUAACGAUAUGUUGCGCUGGUUCAUUUGAUUUUAAAUAUAUGUAUAUGGCAUACAAUUAAUUUAUAUAUAUAUUUAAUAUCUAUAUAUGUAUUUUAUAUAUAUUUUUUAAAUAUAUAUAUAUAUAUAUAUGCAACAUUUAUAUGUGUAUGUACAUAUCUGCCAAAUCCAAUCAACAAUUGCAACGCAUCUGUUUAGAUCAAUGUAAACGCAAA